AUGUUGUCUUCAAAUAUACACAGCCAGCAGACGCUAUCGAGUAAUGAGCUCCCGCUGUACAUGAACACGUCGCCCACCUCGGGUACAUUGUUGAUGAACGACCUGCUUUUGGGCAGGGCCUCGUCCUUGAGUAACUCCAUGAUGAACAUGUCGCUCAACACUCAGCCACAGCACACCAACAUUCUUCCACCGCCGCAUCUCCACCUUCCGCCUCCGUACACCCUUAGAAUAUCGAACCUCCCGCCGGACAUUUCCAUCCGCGAGGCGCACUUGAUCUUUGCGUUGUGUGCGAGUGAGAUCGUGGGCGUCACAUUGUCUGCCGACUCACAGUACAUCCUCGCGAGUUUCAAGGGCCAGCCCGCGAUGCAGCGCGUCGCGCAGUUGCUUGACAGCUGCAGCAUCUUCGGGCCCACUUUCGGUCCUAUCAAAGUUGAGUUGGACGAAGCUUCUCUCGGUUUGCCCGGUGUGAACCACAACAUUUCCCCUCCAACCACCAACUCUUCCAUGAACCCGGCACCGGGCACAGCCUACGACAGCUAUUCCGGCAAGCGUCCAUCCAUGGGCACCCAGAGGUCGCGCUUCAUGUUCUCUGACCCCUUUAACGGUGGCAAUGACCCCAACGCUGGAUUGGCGGUGAACACUGCGAUCCAAUCGCAGGCUCAACAACCGCCCGUCAGUGCCACCCCUACUUCGUCCCAGCUUUCAGACUUGGGCUCUGGUAAGUCCUUGUUGCUCAUGGAGGCCCAGAACGAUGUCCGCGAGUAUGAGCAGUUAGUGAGAGGCGAUCCGUGGGGCCCAGUGGCCCAUCCUCCUUCUAUCCAGUUACCUGGUGGCCAAAACCCGCCAGCUCAGUCUGCUCCCCAGACUCCGGGCUUUGAGUGGGACCGCAGAAGACAGAACUCUGCUUUCUUCAAUGGAAACGGAAACUCUGCUGGUAAUGCCUUGCCGUCGCAAAUGCCAACUCAGCAGUCUGUUGCAAGUCAGCAGGCACAGACACCAACUCAACAGCAGCAGCAACAGCAGCAUCCAAUCCAGCUUCAACAACAACAGCAGCAGCAACAACAACAACAACCGCAGCUUGCUCAGCCUGUGAACUCGUCGUCUGAGUCACAGGAACCACCGCAGACACAGGCCCAGGCUAUUUCCCAGGCUCAAGCUUCUUCCCAAAUCUCUGCUCCUCAGUCAGGCCUGCCGCCAAACUCUGUGUUGCCGGACUUGUCACUCUUGGCGAGAGUUCCUCCGCCAGCCAACCCGGCAGACCAGAACCCGCCGUGCAACACGUUAUACGUCGGUAACUUACCGCCAGAUGCCACCGAAACCGAGUUACGCUCGUUGUUUGCUCCACAGAAGGGAUUCAGACGGUUAUCGUUUAGAACCAAGAACGCCACCUCCACCGGCGCUUCCACGUCGUCCAGCGCCAGUACGGCGUCCACCUCCUCUGCUGCCGCCACCCCGCACAGCCACGGGCCAAUGUGUUUUGUGGAGUUUGAAGAUGUGGCCCAUGCCACCAGAGCGUUGGCCGAAUUGUAUGGCCGUGCGUUGCCUCGACCAGGCGGUGUGGGCGGCAAGGGAGGCAUCCGUUUGAGUUUCUCCAAGAAUCCGUUGGGUGUCAGAGGGCCGGGCAACCAGAGAAGAACCAGCACUAACACUAACGGGUACUCGUAUCUGUAUGCCAAGUAG